GAAACAAGGAUUUGUCGAAUGGGUGGAUAAUCAUACAGGUAGGUCGGACCCACGUCACCCUUCUCCUUUCCCUAUCCUCCCCUUCUCCUUCUGCACGUCUCUUCUCUCUCUCUCCCUUCUGCAACUCAAUACAAAAGUUUCAUAGUCUCUACACACAAACCAAUAGAUACCGGUCACACCAACAUUCGUGUUGCGAGGAGGAGCCCAACCGGCAAAAAUUAGAACCAUACUGUCAUCGCCCUUUUCACUGAUCGGACUAAACGCCAAGGACAGAAUGAGCGUCAAGGUACCUUCAACGCGGACGAGCACGCGCGUAGGGAAGUACGAACUGGGAAGGACCUUAGGUGAGGGCACUUUCGCUAAGGUCAAGUUUGCCAAGAAUGUCGACACUGGCGAUUGCGUCGCCAUUAAAAUCCUUGAUCGUGAGCAAGUCCUUCGUCUGAAGAUGGUCGAACAGUUGAAAAGAGAAAUAUCAACAAUGAAGCUGAUCAAACAUCCGAAUGUCAUCAAAAUCUAUGAGGUUAUGGCCAGCAAAACAAAGAUUUACAUUGUUCUUGAGUUUGUUGAUGGAGGGGAGCUUUUUGACAAAAUUGCAAGGUACGGGAGACUUAAAGAGGAUGAAGCCAGGAGAUAUUUCCACCAGCUUAUCAAUGCUGUUGAUUACUGUCACAGUAGAGGAGUGUCGCAUAGAGAUUUGAAGCCUGAGAACCUUCUUCUUGAUUCACUUGGCGUUCUUAAAGUUUCAGAUUUUGGACUGAGUGCAGUAUUGUCGAAGCAAAUACGGGGGGAUGGACUGCUUCACACUGCCUGCGGAACCCCAAAUUAUGUUGCCCCUGAGGUUCUCAAAGACAAAGGUUAUGAUGGUACAGGCUCUGAUGUUUGGUCUUGUGGGGUCAUUCUGUAUGUUCUUAUGGCUGGAUACUUGCCUUUUGACGAGCCAAACUUUAUGGCUUUGUAUAGUAAGAUUUGCAGUGCUGACUUCACAUUUCCAUCGUGGUUCUCUUCUGGUGCAAGGAAACUGAUAAAGCGCAUUCUUGAUCCAAACCCUGUUACACGGAUAACCAUUUCUGAAAUAUUGGAAGAUGAAUGGUUCAAGAAAGGAUACAAGCCCCCGCAGUUUGAGCAGGAAGACGAUGUAAAUCUUGAUGAUGUUGAUGCUGCUUUUAAUGACUCAAAGGAACAUCUAGUUACAGAAAGGAAAGAGAAACCUGUGUCAAUGAAUGCUUUUGAGCUUAUUUCUAAAACCCAGGGCUUUAGCCUCGAAAAUUUGUUCGCGAAGCAGGCGGGUCUUGUUAAGAGAGAAACUCGUUUUGCUUCCCAUAGCCCCGCAAAUGAAAUUAUGUGUAAAAUUGAGGAAGCUGCUAAGCCUCUAGGCUUUAAUGUUGACAAGCGAAACUACAAGAUGAAGUUGAAAGGUGAUAAAAAUGGGAGGAAGGGUCAGCUCUCUGUUGCCACUGAGGUGUUCGAGGUGGCACCAACAUUGCACAUGGUGGAGCUCCGGAAAGUUGGCGGUGAUACACUGGAGUUUCACAAGUUUUAUAAAACUUUCUCGUCAGGGUUAAAAGAUAUUGUCUGGAAAUCUGAAGGAACCAUUGAAGGAUUGAGAUCAUAAUAGGAACUGCCACAUUGGGUCCAUUACUUAAUUGCUUUGUAGUUAUUUUGGCACCGUGACAUAUAUGAAUCUGCAAAUUGGGUACGAUGCAAGCAAGUUGGUUGACGCAGUGGUAUCAAGUGACCCUUGGUGGCGUGCUGUGGAAGAAAUGAGCGGUAAGUGGGCCUUGCUUCCUCCAAGACAGCCUCCUCCCAACUUUUUUCUUCCUCUCUCCCAUUGAUUUCUUGAUCCAAAUUCACCAGGUUUUCCAAUAGAGGACAGUUGAUGUAAUUGGAGAAAUCCUCCAUUUUACUUUACAUUAUGGACAAGAAAUUCUAUAUAAUUUUGAUGCUUUUAAGAGAUUAAUUAUAUAUAUUUUUUCUUUUAAAACUUACACAA